AUGAUUCCUUUACAAGGAUACUCUCUGAUCACGUCUUUAUACCAGUACAAUUUCCAGUCCGAGGAGGUAUUCAUGGCUAUGGAGGAACGAGUAUGGACUGGUUGUGAUCAAUUGUCCCGGUGGUGGAAGGAAGACCUGAACGCUCUAAGGGACGCCAUGUGGUUUAACGCUGGACAUCCGGUGAAGAUAUCCUUUAAGAAGGAGACUGCCUGCAGCAACACUGUUAAGCAGCUUCUUGUCAAGUCAGGUCUUGGGAGCGCCGCGGCAAUGCUCCCGUACCUUGAGCCAGAAGUAAGGAAGGCUAAAACCUACAUAUCCCAUUUGGAAACUGUUUCUCCAAUGAUUAACAAAGUAGGAGGAGGUAGAUACAAAUGGGAGACUCUUUUCGAGAUGAUGGCCUAUCUAGAGAACUUCCCAAUUUGGAUGUCAAAAGAGAUAGUCACUGUCAACAACGCGCCUACUCAUCUUAGGAGCUUAGAUACUAGGGAGAAGGUCGUGGCCUCGAUCAAAGAGUAUUGUAUGCGUAACGCAUGCAAUAUAGCUUUGUAUUUCGGCUUCUACAUGGUUAUGGUGGAGAAAGGUGACCAGUUUGAUGGUGCGAAGAACCUAAAGAAGGUCUACUCGCUCAUGGCACUCAAGAAGAGCCACUUUGGCUGCUACUUAACGGGGACAGAGCUUUUCCUUGAUUACUGUGCUUACAAGGCGAAGCAGAGUGAUACGACUGGUGUAUCAAGAAGAAUGAGAAUGAGAGAUAAAGCAGAAGAAGAAACGUGCAAGUGA